UCCCGCUGCGGUGCGCAGCCUCGGGGCCGGCAUCUCUCUGGUGGGGGGACCCGGCCGGCCGUGCGGGGUGCCCGAGGCACCGUAGACCCCAGACGCCGGCCGAGCUCUUGGCAACGGAGUUCGCGAGGGAACCGUUCCCCUACCCAUCCAUCCAUCCAUCCAUCUGUCCACCCACCCACCUAUCCACCCAUCCAGGUGGCAGACCUAUACCACUUGAGGAGAUGGAGGCCACCCAUCAUCUGUUCCCAGAAGGCACCUCUCCGAGCCUAGUCCCAGGCAGGAGGAAGGGACAGCGUCAGAGCCCACAGUGAACUAACGCAGCAACGCUGACAGGCCCGCGGAGCUACGAAAACCAAGUGACCCAAGGACUGCCAGGGACCCUGGUGCCCACCCUCUAACUGCCAUCAUCAGAAUCCUCCGGGAACUCCCGCCAGUGAAGAGUGAGAUGUAAGGAGGUGGGACCACCUCAUGCAGGACCCCUUUCUUGGCCCCCAAGAAACUCAACUUUGGCCUUGGAAGGCCAGGGGCCUCCAUCUUCCUCACUGUUGGCCUCCACCAAACUCUGGUCUCGUCCUUCUGCUCUGGCCACAGCAAUCUACAGAACGACUCAGACUGAGAACCCUGGGAAAGGGGCUCCAUCCCUAAGGGGGGGGCUGGGAAACCGAGCCCCCGUGCUCCCCCGCUCACUGCCCGCCAGCCCAGCCCCGCGAGCCAGUCCGGAAUGGUCCUGCCAUGGCCAAGCUCUGGUUCAGGUUCCAGCGGUACUUCCGCAGGAAGCCCGUGCGCUUCUUCACCUUCCUGGCUCUCUACCUGACCGCGGGGAGUCUCGUCUUCCUGCACUCGGGGUUCGUGGGCCAGCCUGCCCUCUCCCAGAGCCAGGCCGGCCCCGCCGCCGUGGGGAGCCAGGCUGAAGGUGCUGAGGGGCCCUUCCUGGGUGAUCUGAACCUGGGCAGAGGUUUCCAGGACGCAGGGGAGGCCUCCAGCCUCGCCCGCAGGUACGGACCCUCGUUCAAGGGCAAGGACACCGGUGGUGGCGAGAGAGCCAAGCUGGGCGAUUACGGGGGAGCCUGGAGCAGAGCCCUCAAGGGGAGAGUCGUUCGGGAGAAGGAGGAGGAGCGAGCCAAGUACAUCGGCUGCUACCUGGACGACACCCAGAGCCGGGCCCUGCGAGGCGUGUCCUUUUUCGACUACAAAAAGAUGACCGUCUUCCGUUGCCAGGACAACUGUGCAGAGCGGGGUUACCUGUAUGCUGGGCUGGAGUUCGGCGCCGAGUGCUACUGCGGCCACAAGAUCCAGGCAGCCAACGUUAGCGAGGCUGAAUGUGACAUGGACUGCAAGGGCGAGAGGGCGAGCGUGUGCGGAGGCGUCAACCGGCUCUCCGUGUACCGGCUGCAGCUGGCCCAGGAGUCUGCCCGCAGGUAUGGAAGCGCCGUAUUUCGAGGCUGUUUCCGCAGGCCUGACAAUCUGUCCCUAGCCUUGCCUGUGACGGCUGCCAUGCCGAACAUGUCCGUGGACAGAUGUGUGGACCUCUGCACCGAGAAGGAGUGCCCCCUGGCGGCUCUCGCGGGCACCGCCUGUCACUGCGGAUUUCCCACCACGCGAUUCCCGCUCCACGAGAGAGAGGAUGAGCAGCUGUGCGCGCAGAAGUGCGGGGCUGAGGAGUUUGAGAGCUGCGGGACCCCCAGCUACUUCAUCGUGUACCAGACACAGGUCCAAGACAAUCGCUGCAUGGACAGAAGGUUCCUGCCGGCCAAGUCCAAGAAGCUCAUCGCCCUCGCCAGCUUCCCGGGUGCCGGUAACACGUGGGCUCGUCACCUCAUCGAGCUGGCCACGGGCUUCUACACUGGCAGCUACUAUUUCGACGGCUCCCUGUACAAUAAAGGGUUCAAAGGCGAGCGAGACCACUGGCGCAGCGGGCGGACCAUCUGCAUCAAGACGCACGAGAGCGGCCAGAAGGAGAUCGAGGCCUUCGACGCGGCCAUCCUGCUCAUCCGGGACCCCUACAAGGCCCUCAUGGCUGAGUUCAACCGCAAGUACGGAGGCCACAUCGGCUUUGCGGCCCACGCCCACUGGAAGGGGAAAGAGUGGCCGGAGUUCGUGAGGAACUACGCCCCCUGGUGGGCCACGCACACGCUGGACUGGCUCAAGUUCGGCAAGCAGGUGCUGGUGGUGCACUUUGAGGACCUGAAGCGGGACCUGUUCGUGCAGCUGGGCCGCAUGGUGAGCCUGCUGGGCGUGGCCGUCCGCGAGGACCGGCUGCUGUGCGUGGAGAGCCAGAAGGACGGCAACUUCAAGCGCUCGGGGCUGCGCAAGCUCGAGUACGACCCCUACACGGCCGACAUGCGCAGGACCAUCGCCGCCUACAUCAGGAUGGUGGACGCGGCACUGCGCAGCCGCAACCUCACCGGCGUGCCCGACGACUACUGUCCCAGAUGAUGCGGACGGGGCAUCUCCCCCCACACACACCCCCACACCCCGCUCCUCCCCCCCCCCAUGACCCCCACCGAGCUGGCCUCGCUCUCUCCAGCUUGGGGACAGUCCUUCAGCAGUCUCCUGGGGAGCCAGGGAAGGAGAUGGCUGGGCACCUCGGCCCUGCCCUGGCCUCUUACCCCUGAGGAUGUCUGAUCUGGGCAGUCCAUGCCACGUGCACCCUUCUUCCGUCCCUUUAUCCCUAUCUCUGUCCCCUAUCACUGGAGGCAUCAUUGUCAUGGGAUCAUGCCAGGUGCCUCCCCUCGGUUGGGAGUGGGGGGGACGACCUUGAUGUGGGCAAUGAGGGGCUGCUGGAGACGGCGGGACACCCUCCUCCCCUCCAGCAAGUACUGGUUCUGCGGGGCCGCUUGUGUGGAAGACCGAUGGAUGAGCUAUGUCUCCAUGGCCUUAGGUGCCUGAUGUUUGGGGCAGGUAAUGGGGGAAGGGACGGACAGCGGUGCCGCCAGGUCACUGUUUGAGAUAAACUGGUGACCUUUCCCGCUCUAGGACUCAAGUCCUGCCCUUUGCUCCCUAUGCCGGGUGACUUUGGGGUCCUUGAUCCCUCUUUCAAAGGCCCUCAGGCAACAAGAAUUGAACUGAUUAGGAUGGCCACAUGCCACCUCUGCCAGGUGGGUUCCAGACAUUUCUUACUCUGCCCUCCUGACCCCUAGUCAGGGGGUCCUCUACUAGCAGGUGAGAGAAUAAGAGUGCUUCAAGUCAGAGAGACUCCCCACCUCAGCCCCCGCAAAAUAUCACCCUUAUCCUCCCCGACCAUCAGCCUCCCUCCCCUUGCUUGUAGCCCAACAGGGCCAGUCCCCCAGGGACCCCUUAGGAAUGGGGUGGCAAACAGCUUCCCAUCUCCUUUGUGUCGUUGCUCUUCUGAUGCUGGGACCCCCAAACCAAAGGGUUUCCGAGGACCUGAGUCACCACUGAUCAUGUUUUCCAAAGCGUGCGUGCGUCCAGCAUCGAUCAUGUCUGCCCCACCAUCAAUACCUGUGGCUUCCCCCCGGCACACACCCGCACCUCUCCCGCCGUGUAGACACAAAAGCCAUAAUCACAGCCUCCUUGCUCUUCUGUCUGGAGCAGCCCCUCGUGCAGCCUUGGGGUGCGAGUGAACACGCUUCCCAGCUAGCCAAGGGACUGUGGAGAAGGCGCGUGAAAAGAGAUAUAUUUUUUUAAGAGGAAUAUGACUAAUACAUUCUGCCCCUUGGACACUGGCUGUGCAACAAGAAGGGCCCAAGGACUUGAUCUGUUUCCCUUCUCCAGUUCCCUCCUCCAUCGGGUUUGGGCCACCCCAGGGCUCAGCCAGGGGGCUCUGAAUGUAUUUUGUACCAUGUUUCUUCCCCGGGGAGUAAUUUCUAGUCUUCUUUCACAGAGUAAUAGAGGGCCUGGCUUCCCCUCCUGUGAGGAGGUCUGCUCCUCCUGGGACACUCUGGGUCUAAGACCCGGGCUAGUUCCCACCAGUGGUCACCUGUGGCCACGAGCUUUCUGUCUGAAGAUUCCUCAGGUCAACCCUAUCAUUAAAUGCGAGUUUUGUUGAUAA